AUGGCCUGCGCGGAGAGAGGGGCGGGGGCGGGUCAGCGCCGGCCGGGCCGGGGGCUCCGGGGCCAGCAGGCCGGGCCGGGCCGGGCCAGCGGCGCUCCGGGGCCAAGAGGCGAGGCCGGGCCGGGCCAGCGGCGCUCCGGGCCGGGCCGGGCCGGGGGCGCGGCCGCGCAGCUGGCGGGGAGCGGCGGGCGCGGGGGGCAGAGCGAGCGCACCCGCCCCGCCGCCCCCCCGCUCCAGGCUUGUGCAGCUGCAGCUCACAAGUCAGGAACAAACAGUGUUUACUACGGGGGAAGCGGGUGGCCCAGCCUCCCCCCACCCCGUCCCCUCCAUUCACAGCCGAGGCAGCAGAGCCCUUUCCCGGCGGCAGCUGGGAAGGGGGGUAAGGGAAGGCGCUCCGGCGGCGGCCGCCGCCAGGCUUUGUACGGGGGGCCGCGACAAUGCCCGGGGCCCGGGCACCGCGCACACGAACGCAGCGAAACACGGGGGAGCGACCGGCACUUCUUACCUGCUUCCCCUCUAUAUUGCAAAAGGCCGGGGAGCGCCGCUCGGGGUGCCUGGAGAGCUCUUCUUGCAAAGAAACAAGCACAGCGCUCGCCCUCUCGCCGGCUGGAGGCAGCCCCCCGCCCGGCAAGGGGCAGCCCAGGCUGGAAAAAUAUAGAUAUUGCUAUGAGAGGCGUUUGCCCGGGUUCUUCCUCCGGCUCCCGCUUCCCGGGAGGGGAGCUGCAGAGCUCGGUCCCCGCUGCUGAGCCGCACACGCAGGGCGCCGCCGCCGCUCGCUGCUGCAAUCGCCGGGCAAGUUUGGCAAUGUGGCUUCACUUUGUGCCGCUUCCCCCCGCUCCCCCACCUCCGCCCCCUCUCCGGGCUGCGGCGGCUCCCGAGCCUCCCGCGGCGCGGAGCCGGAGCCGCGGCCCGCCGGAGCGCCUCAGCGGAGCGGACGAGUUUGAGCGGGGCCGGGCGCGGAGCUGUGCCGGGAUCCUGCGGCGGCGGCGCUGGCGGGGCGCGGGGGGCGGCCCUUGUGCCCGUCUAAGCGUGAGGCUGCAAGUGCGUGUGUGCCCGCACGGUGCGCGUGUGCCCGCUGCCCUCACACAUGUGUUACUGACAGAGCAGAAUCCCAACUACACUCCGGCUCGGCGCCCUCGUCAGCCCGCCGCAGCCAAUCCGCCCCCGGCUUGUUCAGGCGGAAUAAUAAAACCUGCCAAUCCCCGGGAAGACAAAGGAAUGAUUGAGAAACUUGGCGGCGAGGGCUCGUCCCGGCUGUCCCCGAGGGCAGGCCCGCUCCGCCCGGAGGGCGAUGUCCCUCGGAGCCCUUCCCGGCCGCCGGGCGCUCCCCCCGCCGCCGCGGCCCCGCCGGCCCGGCGGACGCGCCGAGGGGAGGCGCGGCCGCAGCAGCCGCCGCUUGCCGCCUUCGUGGCGCCCCCCGCGGCCGCGGCCGGUCCCGGUGCCCGCGCCCCGUCCCGGGGUCCCGCUCCGGGGCGGGCAGAGGCGGCGACGGGCCGUGCCCGGCUCGCCCUGCGGGCCGAGGGGCCGUGUCGGGCUGUCACACGUUCCCGCGGGAGUGCGCUGCGGGACUCCGGCGGGCACGGCCCGCGGUGGCCGCCCCAGUGGAGGUUUCGGUGGGUUAAGCAGCCGCAGUUGGCGGCGCUGCUCGUCAGCAGGGCAGGCAGCUGCAUUGCUGAGGAAGAAGCCCGGGGAUGA